AUUUUUAUUUGGAGCCCCUUAUUGACGAUUUGAAACUGUUGUGGGAUGAAGGUGUUGUGACAUUUGAUGCUCUUUCGGGUACAAAUUUCAGAUUAAGAGCCAUAGUGUUUUGUACUAUUAAUAACUUUCCUGCAUAUGGAAAUUUAUCAAGGUACAAAGUCAGAGGACAAAAACCAUGCCCUAUUUGUGAGGAUGACAUGCAAAUUACACGCUUGAAGCAUUAGGGGAAGAAUGUGUACAUGCAUACCAGACGAUCACUUCGUCGAAAUCACCCAUACAGGAAGAUGAGACAACAAUUCGACGGGCAUGUUGAGAAGGGAGUGAGUCGUGAGCCAUCGACAGGAAUUGAAGUGUAUGAGAAAAUUAAAAAUGUUAAGACAAUCUUCAGUAAGAUGCACAGAGAGAUACCGAAGAAGGGUGUGUUGUGGAAAAAAGUGUCUAAGUUGUGGGAUCUGCCUUAUUGGAAGCACUUAUCGGUUCGACAUUGUCUUGAUGUUAUGCACAUUGAAAAAAAUGUUUGUGAGGCAGUAAUUGGGACUUGUUGAAUAUCAAAGGGAAGAUAAAGGAUGGUGUUAAUGUGCGUAGAUACAUGAAGGAAGCCAAAAUUCGACCUAAGUUAUGGGCUGAGGAAAAUGAAGCAACGAAAAAAGCAUUUUUGCCCCAUGCGUGUUAUACAUUGUCUAGAGAAGAAAAAAGGAUCUUUUGUGAGUGUUUGAAAGGAAUCAAGGUGCCGACAGGGUAUUCGUCGAACAUAAGGCGUUUUGUUUCUACUCUUGAUAAGAAAGUUGUUGGUAUGAAGUCCCAUGAUUGUCAUGUGAUGAUGCAAGUGUUCAUGCCAAUUGCACUCCGAGGCCUUUUGCCAAAACAUGUUAGGCAUGCUAUUGUGAAGCUUUGCUUGUUUUUCAAUGCAAUUUGCAGUAAGGUGAUAGAUCCAAAAACACUCGAUGAUAUGGAAUAUGAUAUUGUUGAAACAUUAUGCAAAUUCGAGAUGUAUUUUCCUCCUUUCUUUUUUGACAUAAUGACUCACCUUGUUAUGCACUUGCCUCGUGAGAUAAAGGAGUGCGGUCCUGUAUUUAUGCGUUGGAUGUACCCUUAUGAGAGGAAAAUGGGUACUUUGGCAGAUAAGGCAAAGAACAGAGCAAAUCCUGAAGGGAGCAUCGUGAAAGGGUUCAUAGCAGAGGAAGCAGGGAACUAUUGUUCAGUGUUUUUAGCUAAGGCUAAAGAAAUUGGGAUUCCGACUUCUCGUCACGAGGGAAGACUUCAAGGAAAGGGUACAGUAGGUCGGAAAUUGGUUAAACCUCCACUUGAUUGAUAUAAGAAAGCCAACCGAUUUGUGCUACAAAACCUAUCUGCAGUUCAUCCAUAUAUUGAAAAACAUCUUCAUGAGUUGAAAAAUCACAAUCCCAGGAUCAGCUCCUAUGCGUUGAUGUAGGAGCAUAAUCGCCACUUUGUUGAGUGGUUUGAAGGCCAAGUGAAGCUUGAAUUGAGUAGAGAUGAGAAUGUUUCUGAAACGAUCAAGUGGCUUUCACGAGGUCCACAACCACUUGUGUAUACUUAUGAGGGUUACGAUAUCAAUGGAUUUACUUUUGCCACUUGUCGUCAAGAUGAAAAAAGUGUGCAACAAAAUAGUGGUGUUGUCGUGGUUGCAUCUUCUACUGAAUACUCAAGUUCUAGGGAUACAAGGCCAGUUGAAGCUACACAGGCAUAUUACGGUGUCAUUCAAGAAAUCUGGGAGUUGGAUUAUGUUGAUUUCACAAUUCCUUUAUUUCGUUACACAUGGGCUGAUAACCGUCGUGGUAUGAAAACCGAUGAGUUAUUUGGAUUCACCUUGUUUGACUCUAGUCGUUAUACUGAUGGUGAAAAGCCUUUUGUAUUAGCCUCACAAUCGAAACAAGUAUUCUACAUCAAGGAUAAUAUAGAUCCGCAAUGACAUGUUGUAGUUGAAGGCAAGAGAAAAAUUGUGGGUGUGGAAGAUGUUGUGGAUGAAGAAGAGUAUGACCAAUUUGAUGACAUCCUGCCUAUAACAAUGGGAGUGAAACCUCUACAAGAAGGGGAAGAUAUUGUUGAUGAUGUAGAGUAUGAUCGUGAGGAAGGGUUAGUGGUUCCUAUAACUACAACCAAGGUGUAGGCAUACUACAAUGGAAGAAAACAGAGAUGAUCAUAUGGACAGGAACAAUCUAGUGACAUGGAUGCCUCCACUUCCCAAGUAAAAUCUUCUACAAAAAAGGGACGAGGCCCAUCUAGAUCAGUCUAAACAACUACACCCAUGUUCCUUGAAUUUGAUGAGUUUGACAUGCCUAUUGGAAAGUGGGAAUCUGCUUAUGGGAAGCAAAUUGGUAAUUGUGCUCAAAGAGUUAACAUUAAUGUGAAGGGAAUUCCGAAGUAUGAUAAAGUUCAAAAGCAAAACUUGUGGGAGGAGAGUAAGUUCCACAUUGAUGAUCCCAAGGGUAGUAAAGAGAAGAAGUUCCACGAAGCUGUUGGUGCUAGAUUUAGGAAGCACAAGUCUUGGUUAGUUUCACGAUUCAUUACUAAGGAAACUGCACCUCCGCUUGACUCACCAAGUGCAAACAUUAAGCCCUGGGAGCUUUAUGAAGGUUACAUCACAGAAGAGCAAUGGAAAGAGUUUGAGACAUAUUGCAAUAUAAAUGAAUUUAAGGCUCUGAGUGAGAAAGGCAAGGAAAAUGCAAAGAAUAAUAAGCAUCGCCACCAUCUAGGCUCCAAGAGUUAUGAGAGGGAUCGAGUUGAUUGGACUAAGACCAAUAGAAUUCCAGCAGAAUCUUCAACCUCAAGCACCACAGAGUCCACGACAAGACGUGUAAUGAGUGAAAAGCUUAAAAAUCGGUCUCUUUAUUGGAUUUUGGCCCGUAAAACUCGUAAUGCAGAUGGAUCGUGGGCUAUAGACCCGAAGAAUGCCGAAACCCAGUAAAUAGCCAAUGCUAUUUUGGAAAACUUGCAAAAGAAUGAUGAAGGAAACAAUUCAAGUGAUGGUAUUGGUAUGGAUGCCCUUGACAAGGCUUUAGGAAAAAGGGAUCACCGCGGGCAUGUAAAAGCACUAGGAAGGUGUGGGGUUGGAGUUAGGAAGGUGUGGGGUUGGAGUUAGUCACACACAAGUAUUUGGGAAGGGAUACAAAAAGGGUAAAUCAUUCGGCCAAGGUGGAUGCUCAUUAGAAGAGUUAGAAUCAAUGAAAGCUACCCUAACUCAAGAAUUUGAGGCGAGGCUAGAAGAAAAGGUUAAAGAGAAGCUUCAAGAGAGGAUUGAAGAGAGGAUCGAAGAGAGGAUCGAAGGUGAAAUCUUAUCUCGCCAAUUUACUACCACAGAUGACCGGUGACGUGGAGGCAUUUCAAGGAAUGCAAGUGAUGACGAACAUGGAGGCAACACAAAGCCCUCGUGUAAUAGAGGUAGCCACUAAAUGUCGCCUAGCAUUGAAAGAUGAGUACAAUCAAAAUUUAGUGGUUGUGGCAGAUGGAACGGUAUAUCCUGUUACCGGUGAAGUUACUCACAACCUGAAGAUGUUACCUGAUCAUUACAGGGUUACUGUGGACAACCCUUAUCCCGACUGUGCCCUCCUCGAUAUACCGGUACCGUCUCUCGAUGGUGUGACUAAGUUGGGAAAAGCCAAGUCUUCCUUUGUACUAUGGCCUAUAGACAUGGUUUUUUUUUUUUUGAAGAAGAGGUUUCACCAUCGCCCAAAAAGAAGCAUAGAUCUCGCCAAAGCAAAGAAGGGGACGAUAGUUGUGGUGUGAAAUCAAGGCAAUCUACCAUCAAACCCACAAAAUUCCUACCACUUGAAGAUAAAAUUGUCGAUACUUUUGGCGAGGGGUGUGAGUUGUUGUAUUGGUUAAUGAAUUUUGAUGAUGCAAAGUAUGAUACAACAUCGGUACUUUUAAAGGCCUCAAUGUUUAAUUUUGAUAGCGACAAACAGAUUUGGGUAACCGCUACCGAUGUACGUGAAUUUCUAAGAGGAUCGUGGGCUAAUGUUUCAUUGAUUCAUGUUUAUAUCAUGUAUUUAGUAGACAACUUCAUCGACCUUUUCAACAGGACUGAGAUCACAUUCUUUUGUCCUCAACUCAUUUUUGAAUCUUCAAUUGAGAAUGAUUACCUUGAAACUUAUACAUAUGUGAAGAAUACAUUUUUGCAUGAAGUAAGAAAGACGGGUAAACGUUGCAAAUUCAUCGUGGCUCCAUAUGUCGCAAGUGGUCAUUGGGUUCUUGUGGUGGUCAAUCUACAAUUAGGUUUAGCUUAUGAGUUUGACUCUAUGAAGCUACCUAAAGAAAAUCCACGAAAAUUGAAAAUUGCCAAGAUUAUGAUGACGGCUUAUAAAGUAUAUCAGGCGAAUCUCACAGGGAGUGAAUUGAAAUCACAAAGGCAAAAAUUGAAAUUCAUACAAAUGGAGUGUGCUCAACAACAAGGAGGAGUUGAAUGUGGCUACUACAUUAUGAGAUACAUGUAUGAGAUUGUUACUUCUCACUUGGAGUGCAAAGGUGUCAUAGAAGAGGUUAGUAGUUUUUUUUUUUGCAAAUUUUGAAACCUUUUUAGCUCUAUACGCUCCCAAGAGUAAGAUAAUGGUCAAUUGUUAUUGAUUUCAAUUCAUAAAAAUCAAAUAUAAGGUAAUUAAGGAUUUUUAGUGUUAUAUUGUGUUAAUUUGAACACAUACUUGAAAGAUGGGAAAGGUAGAAGUCCCUUAGAUAAUUUUGAAGCAUUUUUGGCUCUAUACGCUCCCAAGAGUGAGAUAAU